AAAUUCUUCAACAACCGCAAUCACAAUAACAAGGAGAGAGUGAAAAUCACAGAGACGAAAAGAUCGUCUUCUGAAUCGGAACAAGGUUUUGAGGUUGAAAUUUUAAGGAAACUAUGAGAUUCAAGAAAGGGACCAAGGUGGAAGUAUUAAACAAAGCUGAGGUGCCUUGUGGCUCCUGGCAAUGUGCAGAGAUCAUUUGUGGUAACGGCCACAACUACACUGUUAGAUAUGAAGGUGCUGCUGGUGAGGCAACUGUGGAGCGGGUGUCCAGGAAAGACAUAAGGCCAUGUCCACCUGCACUUGAGCUUGCCGAGUAUUGGAAUCCAGGUGAUGUUGUAGAGGUCUUCCAGAACUUCUCGUGGAAGAUGGCUACAGUUUUGAAGGCUUUGGGGAAAAAGUACUUUUUAGUCAGGCUACUUGGAUCUUCUCUGGAAUUUCAAGUGAGCAAAUUUGACAUCCGGGUUAGAAAAUCGUGGCAAGAUGACCACUGGAUUGUAGUUGGAAAGGGUUCUGCCAGCUGUGAGAAUAGAAAACGUUCUAGUGCCCAACUUCAGAAGACAGCUACAAAGACAAAACUGUCAGGGUCCAAUCUUCCUGAAAAGAAAGAGCUGAAUACUCUGGAAUCCCAUCUUGUUUCUUUUAAAACAUUGAAACGAGGAAGCCAUUCCCAAGUUGAGGCAUACACUGCACCUCCCCCAAAGUUUAGAGCACUUGAGAAUGAAGGCAAAUGUCACAGAGCAAGAGUCAGAAAUGCACCCACACCAUUCAAACAGGUACAGGGUGUCAGUUUUCCAAGGGAUGUGCUCGCUGAAGAAUGUAGACCUGCUUCUGUAAACAACAGAAAAACUGGGAUAUCUGAUAUGGACAUAGAAAGGAGGAAACAAACUGGCGCUGUGGGUUGUUCAUUUGGAGAAAACAUAGAUUCAAAUCAUGCUGAUAGUGUUACAUGCUCUGUUGGUAGUUGUAGUGUCACUAGCAGGAAUUCCUAUAAAUUGCAAUUUCCUGUAUCUGCAGGUCCUUUUGAAGAUGUAGACAGUACAUUUAGUGACGCUGAAUCUGUCUGCCGAAGGGGUUAUGAGGAAGGGAACUGUUCCCCUCCUACACAAGAGGAAUUAGCAGAAGAAAUCCAUAGGUUAGAGUUGCAUGCCUAUCGUUGUACAAUUGAGGCAUUGCAUGCAUCAGGGCCCUUAAGUUGGGAACAAGAAGCAUUAAUGACCAACCUCCGGCUUUCGCUCCACAUAUCAAAUGAUGAACACUUAAUGGAGCUAAGAAACUUGAUUUCUUCUGAAAACAGCAUUCCUUUCAGAUGACAGGAAAUCUUUUUCUCUUCAAUUUAAUACUUUUAUCUCAGGGAUAGAGUUUCUUAACAGUUUGUUCUUUAGCCUCAUUCAACUGUAAGAAGAAAGAUGAAAUAUUUCCAUCCUUCAUUUAUGUUUUAUGACUUAGCGAUAUAGUUUGAUGUGAAUGUAUAUGCUAAACUUUGUGAAUAAGUGAUCAUAUCUGAUCUCUUGUUAAUCUGUUCAUCUAUCCUCUUCAUUCCUGUUGGGCUUGUUCUGGUAGACACACACCAGGACCUUUGUAGAACCUUUAUUAAAUUCUAGAUUUUGUAGACACUUGGCAGAGAUGAUCUGACUAAUAUUUGAAAUUAAGUGGAAUAUCAAAAUGUUGAUUUAUAUAGGGGUUCAAAGACUAAUAUGCUUUAUGGGACUUGUGUCUGCGUAAUUUCUUUAUAUUUCAUCCUAAGCUGAGUUUAAAAGAUUGUUUGCAUUCAUUUCAGAGAUCUCUAAUUAGAAAGAACAAAGAAGCUUUUCUUUGCUGUCUAAAUUUUGUACAUACAAGCAAUGUCGUAUAAGAGAUGUACCAUUUGUAGUACUUAUAUGUUUCUGUUCUCCAUCAUUUGGAAAUAUAAACAAUGUCAUUUGCCAAUACUAGUAAUGCUUCCCCUGCAUUUUCCAGGGCUGCGUAGGAGGCAUAUAGGUGUUGCUUCCAGAUGUCUACAGAUGAUUGGUGCUUGCCACCUUUCUCUUGCUCUAGACAAGGGAUGGCAUUUCUGGUGUGGCUCUUGAUGAGCCAUCACAUCCAAUAGGCUUGUGGAGUACUCACAUUCUUCCAUUUCAGGCCACCUGUGAGCCUCAGAUAUCUGUUUUGCGGAAGAUGCUUGCUCAAAAGUCUUGUGGCUACCAUGGGGUGACCUGAUAUGUGAAUUUCAUCUAGUACCUGCCACAGCUGCUUCGAACAAUGCUGUUCCAGUAGUUUUGCAUGUACUACUUUACAAGUUACUCGAAUAUGCUUUUCCUUUUAUGGUUGUAAGCUUACACAUGAAAGUUGUAAUUGGUUUGUGACUAGUGUAUCACUGCUAAGCAAUUAUCAAUUAGCAUAAGGUCCAAAAUGGCUCUUGGAAGAACAUGAGCACAUUAAAGCCAGAAUGACACAAGGUAUGAUUGUCCAGGCAUACCCCAUGGGAGGGGAAUAUAUGUUUUACGCAUAUAUUGCCCAAUUCUGAGCAAUGAUACAUACAUUACUAAAUAGAUUUUAAUUUCUUUAUCAGCAUGUUAUACUACGCCAAGGUACAAUAUUUUAAAAACAAUUCCUGAUAUACCUUUGGAUGAAGAUUCUUCAUAUGCCUUAGACGGAAGUUAACUGUCAGUCACCUAAACUCUAUGAUGUAACUUAUUCCAGAGCAUGAAUUUAUGCUGCGUAGAAGAAUGACAACAUUUUCGCUUACUGAACUAGCUCCUGGCCAUCAAGAGAUUUGAAUCUGCACUCAUGUAAAAGGCUAGAAUUUUCCUCUGGAUACUCAGAAUUUGUACCAAGCCUCGCACGUUGGC